AAAGUGGUGUGAGCUAGGGCUCCCACUAUAUUCUACCCAUGUACUUUUUUUUCGCUGAACACGAGUCUGAAGUCAAAAUUGGAGAUCGAUAGGCAAAUAUGAAAGCGAUUCAGACAUCAGAAUUACUUUUGGCAUUUGUGGUGGAUAUGUAUCUCUCAGAUAUCUCUGUGAUAUUAACGCCAACAUUGCUUCCAUAUUUGUCCAGCGACGCCCAGUUCUGACUCCAGAUUUGUGUUCCGCAGGAAAAAAUAGAUGGGAAAAAUAUAGUGCAAUCAAAACCACACACCAUUUUUUUUAAUUCUGUGUUAUUCUGCUAUACGCUAUACCAUUCAUGUGGUAUAUGGAUAUCUCAAAUGGGAUGGGUGGGAUCAUCGCAAACGGCUGCGAUAUCAGAAAGUGAAAGUCAUAUAAGGUCACCAUCUGCCGUCUACCUGUUCAUUAGUAUUCGCGAGCGGCGUCGCCGUUAGUAGUGAGACGACAAACACGGCUAACAUCACAAUACAAUGUUUAAACUUGCCUCGGUUCUGUUACUGGCCGUCUGCAUUGACGCUGGAACUACACAAAAUGUAAAGCUUGGAGUGGAAGUAAUGAUCGAGUCUUUAUGUCCCGAUACUUUCAGGUUUAUGAAAGACCUUUCGCAAAGCUUUCCAGCACUGGCAAAAUACUUAGAUUUGAGUAUCAUACCAUUCGGGAAAAGUAAUAGCUACAACAAUGGCACGAGCAUAGACUUUCAAUGCCAACAUGGUCCAAGAGAAUGCACUGGCAAUAAAAUAAUAUCAUGCGCUUUGAAUAGAUUGGCUGACCAAAAUGCCAAAGUACAAUUCACGUACUGCUUCAUGUUUAGCUACUAUAUCAAGCACUAUAUGAACCAGUCGGACGAUUUCACUAAGUGUACUAAAGAUGCCGGUAUCGAUAUAAACGAUGUGUUAGUAUGCAGUCUUUCCGACGAAGCAAAUCUGUUACAAUUGCAGAUGGAGAAAAUUACGAAGAAUUACAGCAUAACUUUUGUGCCAACAAUUGUCUACAAUAAGGUAUGUAUUAGGGUGCCUGCACACGUUCAAAUUUGGAAUAGCUCAAGAGUUUAUCUCUUGAAAAAAUAUCAACUGCAUUUUUUCCGGACCUGUGCGGCCGUGCUUCUGUAGUCAAAAACUGUCCCCUGUGGGCGAAAACCGAGGCAUCGAUGGAAAAAAUACUCUCUCGAGAUUUCAGAGUAAAAUCCAAUGGCUGCCAGAGAUUACUUAUUUUCUGAAAGACAACAUUAUCCUAAAGUAAUGCCAUACACUUCCCGCCUGCCAUAACUGCUGCCAGACGCUUUAAACAGAGUGUCCCAACUAUGAAUUGACCUCUCUAACUUGUUUGUAUGACGAUUCAGAAAAAAGUUUCAUAUAAAAAUUAUAGAGCCUAAUAUAAAGUUUUUUUCUUGUAUACAGGAAGCCUCACACGAGUUCAAUCGGAGGAAGUUAUAUUUUUAAAACGGGAUACCUUAUUCUAUACCACCGAUUCUCUAGUUGUACCAGAAAAAUAUUGCAUGAAUAAUUUUUAAACUUUUGUAUUAACAAUUUUUCUAAACAAUGAUACAAAAAAGUUAGUAGUUAUAGCAAGACACCUUGUUUGAAGCGUCUGACAGAAGUUAUAAAUUAUGACCGGCGGGAAAUGUCUGGCAGUGCCAGAUAUUGCUUUGUAACAAUUUUUCACAAAGUAUAUACAGGGAAAAUCAAAUUUGUCUGACGACUUGAGUUUAAUGCGUACGAGAGAGAGGCUCGAUAAGUGUGUAUGUUAGAAAGAGAUAGAAGCCGGCUGGUUAGCAAAGGUCAUCACCAAAUUGUCUUGCAAGGGUGACGCAGGAGGUCGUGCAAUCUGCCGCAUUGUCAAUAUAUUACACCAGAAAAUGUUCGCACAGGCUUCUACAGUAGGUUAGGUUACUGUCAAACCCAAGAAGGAGGUCUGUUCGAACAUUUAAUUUAAUAUUUUGUUUUCAUUUUGAUUAUAAUUAUUUAUUUAUUUGAAGUUUAAUACAACUUAAUGUUUUAAUUCCUUUUAGAAUUAUCUUUUAUUUCCACUGAUGGUGUUAAAAUCAAGACAUCCUGAGUAUUCGUCUAUCUCUUUCUAGCAUAUGUGCCUAUACUCACUUCUCUCUCGUACACAGUGAACUCAAGCCGUCACACAAAUUUGGUUUUCAGUGUCUAAAAACUAGUCAUCCAAAUUUGUCAAGUUUGGUUUUAUUUAUAACCUUUCUCACCUUCUACCCAACUUGGUAGGUAUGUAUGCGGUCAAAGUACAUAUAAACGCUAUACCAAUACAGCCCUGGAAUCUCGGACUAACCUGUCUAAGAGUUGCCAGAAUAACAACCAAUACACUUAAAAAAUGAAACGUCUAUUAAAAAUCAUCUUUUCGGAUGCGGUGAAUUUAGAACAAGUAGAGUGUAUCCAGCUACCGCAAGUAAGAGGAGCGAUGCAUAUUCUAUGUGUUGAGUAUGAGUAUCACCAUUGUAACUAAGUUUGAGAAUUUUUAUUUGCUUUCCAUGAGAACUGAUAAA